AUGUCGUCGCGCGCUCGCGAGUUCCCCACGUUCGAGCCCUCGUCGUCCCGCCGCAUCUUCGCGCGCUCCGACAGCAGCAGCAGCAGCACCCUGUUCUCCAGCAGCUUUGGCCGCGCGCCCGCGCACUUGACGCCGUCCCCGCGCACGCGCUCGUACUUCAGUUCCAGCGGCGUCACGUGCCGCUCGACGUUCGAGUCCUCGAGCUCCACCGACGUCCAGGAAGAAGACCAGGCGCUGCUCACGCUGGCGGCCACGGCCUGUGCCCAGGUGGAGCACGCGCGGUCCACCUUUGGCCGCACGAGUGGCUGGAAAGAGCGCAAAGAAGGGGCGGGCGUGCGCGUCUUCGAGCGCAAGACCAGACCUGAGACCUUCGACGUGGCCGCGUCCACCGCGUUGACCUGCAGCGCCACGGAGAUCCUCAACCUGCUCUCGAGUCGCCAUAGCGACGACUUUAACGCGACGAUGGUGGCGCUCGCGGGCGACGCGUUCGCCUACGCUGUGACGCUGCGGGAAGUGCCGACGACGUCCGCGACGAUGCACUUGUCGAUCAAGCGCGUCACGUUCUCGGGGGCCAUGCCGCUCGUGUGCAGUGCCAAGACGAUCGAGUUUCUCGACUAUGUCGAGGUGGACGCGAAGACGCGGACAGCGAUCCGCACGUUCCAUACACUCACACGCGACCAGACCGGUCGACUGUUGCUGGGAGGGGACGUCAUUGCCGGGUAUGUGCUGAGUGAGGAGAUGAAGCUCCACCAGACGUCGGUGUUUUACUUUGGCACCCACACGAUGAUGUCGUGUGCUGCAGUGCUGAAGGCCAAGGGCAUUGUAAAGGCCAAGCUGAAAGCUGCAACGGGACGAGAAGCGACGGCCCAGGCGCUGUUGAAGCUCGCAAGGGCGAUCCCGAAGAUUGGGGAGAUUACGAUCCGGAGACGGUUGGGGGCAGUAGACACGACGGAUCCGGCUGAUAGUAUCGCGGAUGGCAGUUGUUCGGGCUGCGGGAAGCUCGUGAAAGUGUCGCUGUUGCGGAAGAAGCACGUGUGCUACAUGUGCAGUCAUCACGUCUGCGGCUCGUGCUCCAAGUCGCAGGAUGUCGAGACGCUGAUUGGCGUCAUUGAACGCGCGCGGGUUUGCUGCAUGUGCAUUGCCGCUGCACGGCACCGCGCGUUUGAGACGCUCGACCAGCUCGAAGACAGACCCGUGUAUUUGCUGCGACCAAGCACCAUCAGUGUCUUGAGUGCGACCUCAACGAGUGCCGCGACGUCUGUGGACUCGACAGGUUCGCAAUCGCGUCGAUUGCCUGCAAGUGCACGAGGAUGA